UCUAUUACUAAGACGUUUGAUAUCAUUAUUUGCAUUAUGAAAUGUGUAGAAUAUAAAAUCAAGAGAAGUUCUUGAUGCCACAUAGAGCUAACAAUUAUGGAGACAGUACAGCUUGUAUUGUUAUUACUGGUCAGCAUCAAUUUUGUAAGGUGCAAUGAUAUCGGCGAGGAUGGAGAAUCUUCAAAUCAUUUUACUACCCAACUGUACAAAACUGGCGUCGAUUUAGGUAUAAUCAGCCCUGAAAAAUAUUCUCUUGAAGCUUUCGAGAGAGACGAAAACAACGUCUUUAAGGAUUUGUAUGAUGAGUACAUCUCACUCAAUUACAGUGAGCCGAUUAAUUACAGCGAGUGGAUUGUAAUGAACAAUUUCGGCAUUCUGGCCGACACGAAAGAGUCAUUGUUCGAGAGGAAAAUUACGAAGCGCAGCACGGCAGACAAUAAGCGGCGGUUCGUGAAUACUGUUCGGAGGGGAGACAUAUUGGUGUCAGGACGCGGAAUAGGGGGUAUUGUGGGCCACGCGGCCAUCAUGACUACGGACAACAUCGUGUUGGAGAUGAAGGGCGGGCCGAGCGGCACUCCGAGCAACAACCGGCAGCUGAGCAAGCACAAGUGGUUCGACAUCCACGCGACUGACUGGACCACUGUCUACCGCGUGCCCAAUGCCAACGUAGCCCGGGAAGCGGCCAGGUGGGCCGACCACAAGUAUUACAACCCCUCUGGAGGCGCUACUAAAACAAUUCACAUAACCUAUAAAAUCGACACUAAUAUAUGGAAGAUAAACCCCAGUUACUGCUCGAAGCUCGUGAUUCAGGCGUACUACUUCGGCACCGGAAGUAAAAAGGUCAUAAACGAUGAUGUGUCUGUUCGCCGGGUAAUCGUCCCGACGUUGAUCCCGUCUUACUUUGUUUCUCCGUAUAAAUUGAGGAAUAUGGGGAAAUUCUAAAAAUAUUUUUAAUGUUUACUUGCCUCGUACUCUAUAGCUUUAAUGUUAAAAAUAUCAAUAAAAUGUAUGAAUACUUACAUGA